GGCGUGGGCGAGUCAGAGUGGUUCUCCUCCAUGUUCAGAGAGGCUGCCUUCGGAGUUCGCCCGAGCCUCGAUCGAGGCCUGGGGGCGGGCGACACCGUCUGUCUUCUCAAGGAGAGCUCAGAGCUGCGACUAGCCGAGGAGGGAGGGGGAGGAGUGCGGAUCGUCGAUGCCAAGUCCGUGUUCGACUCGUUGAUUAAGUGUGCGGAAGGGCGGAAGGAGGAUAGGCGGGCUGUUAUAGAUCUCGCGAUCCUGAGGGGCGCGAUGGAGAAGGACGGUUAG